AUGCGGUUCACCAUCGACGACGGCGGGAGCGCCCCGAUCGAGGUUUUCUUCCCGUACGACAGCGUCUACCCCGAACAGGUCGCGUACAUGCGAGAGAUGAAACGCGCGCUGGACGCUCGAGGACACGGCGCGGUGGAAAUGCCGACGGGCACGGGGAAGACGAUCACGGUGUUGUCGAUGUGCGUCUCGUAUCAGUUGGCGCAUCCGGAGGUUGGGAAGAUUAUCUAUUGCACGCGUACGGUGCCGGAGAUGGAAAAGGUGCUUGAGGAGAUGAAGGCGCUGCAGGCGUACAUCGAGAAGGAGCUGGGGGCGGAGACGGCGCGGAUGUUGUCGCUCGGGUUGUCAAGUCGUAAGAAUAUGUGCGUGAACCCGGCUGUGGCGGACGAGGGGAGUCGGGAGAGCGUGGACGGGCGGUGUCGACGGUUGACGGCAAGUUGGGUGCGGGAGCGGCGCUUGGAGCGCCAAGCGCGCGACGCCGGUCGCACGGUCGCCGCGGAGGACGGAGAGGGUGAUAACGAGGGUGGAGUAUCGUGUUGCGACUGGUUUGAGGAGUUCGAGACUGCGGGUGAGAAGGCGGUGCUCCCGCCGGGGGUGUACACGCUACACGAUUUGCGGCAGUUUGGCCGGGCAAAGAAGUGGUGUCCGUACUUCCUGGCGAGAAACAUGAUUUCAUUCGCCAACGUUAUCGUGUACAACUAUCAGUACAUGCUCGAUCCCAAGGUGGCGAGCCUGGUGUCGAGCGCGCUCGAGAAGGAGUGUGUCGUCGUCUUCGACGAGGCGCACAACAUUGACAACGUGUGCAUAGAGGCUCUGAGCGUCAACCUGCGGCAGCAGACGCUAGAGAACGCGGGGCGAUCGAUCACGUCGCUCAAUGCGCGCAUCGACAAGGCAAAGCAGACCGAUGAACGAAGACUUCGACAGGAAUACGAGCGAUUGGUGAACGGACUGGCGCAGCAAGGAGUCCUCGCUCGAGGCGGUGGAGAGGACAUGCUGAUGAACCCAGUCAUCCCUGACGACAUCCUGCGUGAGGCGGUGCCGGGGAACAUCCGUCGCGCCGAGCACUUCGUCGCAGUGCUGAAGAGAUUCGUGGAGUACCUCAAGUUUCGCCUGCAGUCGACGCAGGUUGAGCAGGAGACGCCAACGGCGUUCCUGCAGCACUGCGCCGCAAACGCGGGCAUCGAUGGCAAGACGCUUAAGUUUUGUUACGAUCGCCUGACGAGUCUGUUGAAGACGCUCGAGGUGGUCGACAUGGACGAGUACAACGCAUUGUCGUUGGUGGCGAACUUUGCUGCGCUCGUGGGGACAUAUUCCAAGGGUUUCGCUCUCAUACUCGAGCCGUACGACGAGCGAUAUCCAAACAUUCCCGAUCCUGUGCUGCAGCUCGCGUGUUUAGACGCGUCUCUCGCCAUCAAACCCGUAUUCGAGCGUUUCCAAUCGGUGUUUAUCACGUCCGGAACGUUGAGCCCUAUUGAUUUGUAUCCGAAACUCCUCGGAUUCAAUCCAGUAUGCGCAAAGAGUUUGGAGAUGACGCUCACGCGCGAAUGUCUGUGUCCGAUGGUAAUCACGCGCGGCGCCGAUCAGCAGGCAGUGUCGACCAAGUUUGACGUCCGUGAUGAUCCGAAUGUGAUUCAGAAUUAUGGUCGUAUCUUGGUUGGUUUGGCUCAAACAGUCCCGGACGGCAUCGUCGCGUUCUUUGUGUCGUAUUCAUACAUGGAAAACAUUGUCAGCAAGUGGCAUGAGACUGGCAUUUUACGGGAGAUCAUGCAACACAAACUUGUCUUCAUUGAGACCACAGAUGUGGUCGAAACGUCGUUGGCGCUCGACAACUAUCGUCGCGCCUGUAACUGCGGGCGCGGCGCCAUAUUUCUCUCCGUCGCACGAGGAAAAGUCGCCGAAGGGAUCGACUUUGACAGGCACUACGGACGGGCCGUCGUCAUGUACGGCGUCCCAUACCAAUACACGCUCUCUCGCAUUUUACGAGCGCGCCUCGAGUACUUGCGAGAGACGUUCCAAAUUAAAGAGAGCGACUUUUUGGCCUUCGAUGCCGUACGCCAAGCCGCGCAGUGCGUUGGUCGAGUCAUCCGUUCAAAGAAGGAUUACGGUCUCAUGGUGUUUGCGGACAAGCGCUACAACUCUCAAGACAAACGAGGGAAGCUUCCAGGGUGGAUCACAUCUCAUUUACACGAAGAGGUGCUCAAUUUAUCCACUGAUAUGGCGAUGCAGGUCGCGCGCACGUUCAUGCGUUCCAUGUCGCAGCCAUUUAGCCACGAUGACUCAAAGAAGUCCCUCUUCGACCAGGAGAUGCUGAACAGACUAGCCGCGGAGGGUGGGUAUAGAGAGGCACUUCCGGCACAGGCUAGAAAGCUAGCUCCCGAGAUCAUGAUGCACAUCUAG